AUUUUGCAUCAAACAGAGACCAAGCAGAAGAUACUCAUUCGUAAACUCACCUCCUCUUUGUCUCUCCCCUCUCUCUCUCUCUCUGCACUACUGCAGUCAUCAGCAACAGAAACAUAUUCUCCUCUUCUCCCUCUCCAGCACCAAAUACUUCUCAACUGACGUAUCCAAAAAAAAAAACCCAAAGGGAAAAUCCUCUCUCUCUCUCUCUCUCUCUCCCAAGUCAUGGAGGAAACAGAAGAGUCCAAUACCACCAAGAAAUGCAAUCCCAAAACAAGGAGUUUCAACGGGAGGCAGCAUAACAACCCUCACAACAAUCACCAAAACAGGAUUUGGUAUUGUAACAACCAAAACCAGUACCAGUAUUACCCUCCUCUUCUUCCUCUGCCUCCCACCAUCCCUCUGCAUCUACCUCUAACUCCUCCACCUCUUCUUCCCCAUCAUCAAAACCAGACUUUCAGACCAAAAACCCAUUUCCAGAAACCGCCAUGGAAUCAGAAUAACCCACCUCUGGCCACCUCUUCGGAUUCGGAGCCCCGAAAUUUCGCCUUUUCACAAGCUCCAGAGGGGCUUCAACAACAAACAAGCACCAUACCCUUCAGAGGAAAGGAUGGAGGGAGAGUCAUGAGUGUCAAACCACAAUCACUAGUGGUGGCAAGGAGACCGGACUCGGGUGGUGUAGAAGGGCCGGUAAUCUCUCUCCUUGCCAAUCAUUUCCUAGUCAAAUUCGAUCCGUUUCAUCGAAUUUUCCAUUAUGAUGUUGAAAUCUCCCCCUAUGCUUCAAAGGAAGUCGCUCGAAUGAUUAAGCAGAAACUAGUAAAUGACAACUCAGUUGUACUCUCCGGUGCUCUUCCGGCCUAUGAUGGCCGGAAGAAUCUUUAUAGCCCUAUUGAAUUCCAAAGUGAUAGGCUUGAACUCUUCAUUAGCCUCCCAAUCCCCUCAAGCAAGUCAUUGUUACCAUCCGAAAAAAGCAGUGAUGUUCAAGAAAAGAAUCAACAAUCUAAGCUUUUCCGCGUGAACAUCAAACUUGUGUCCAAGUUUGAUGGGAAGGAAUUGAGCAGCUAUUUGAGCAAGGAGGGGGAUGAUUGUAUACCCCUUCCGCAGGACUAUCUCCACGCUUUGGAUGUGGUUCUGCGCGAGAGCCCAACAGAGAAAUGCAUACCCGUCGGGCGAUCACUAUAUUCGAGUUCAAUGGGAGGGACUAAAGAAGUGGGUGGAGGUGUUGUUGGAUUGAGAGGUUUUUUUCAAAGUUUAAGACCAACCCAACAAGGACUUGCUCUCAAUGUGGACUUUUCCGUUACUGCUUUCCACGAAAGUAUAGGCGUGAUUCCCUACUUGCAAAAGCGUCUUGAGUUUUUGCGCGAUCUUUCUCAGAGAAAGACAAGAAACUUGACAGGAGAAGAAAGGAUGGAAGUGGAGAAGGCAUUAAAGAACAUUAGGGUUUUCGUUUGCCACAGGGAAACAGUUCAGAGAUACCGGGUGUGCAGCUUAACUGAGGAAGCCACAGAGAAUCUGUGGUUUCCGGACAGGGAUGGGAAGAAAUUGAGACUAGUGAACUAUUUCAAGGAGCACUAUAACUAUGAUAUACAGUUCAGGAAUUUGCCUUGCUUGCAGAUUAGUAGGAGAAAACUCUGUUAUCUUCCUAUGGAACUUUGUGUGAUUUGCGAAGGGCAGAAGUUUCUUGGAAAGCUCUCAGAUGAUCAGACCGCCAAAAUACUAAAGAUGGGCUGCCAAAGACCAAGAGAACGGAAGGCAAUAAUCGACACAGUCAUGGCAGGACCAGUUGGUCCGACAAGUGGAGUUCAAGGCAGGGAAUUCAAACUCAAUGUUUCAAGAGAAAUGACGCGAUUGACUGGGAGAAUUCUUCAACCUCCUAAGCUAAAGCUUGGCAAUGGCGGCUACAUAAGAGAUCUAAUUCCUUCACGCAUUGACCGCCAGUGGAACCUUUUAGACAGCCACGUCUUUGAAGGAACUCGAAUUGAGAGGUGGGGUCUAAUAAGUUUUGGUGGAAGUGCUGACCAAAAAUCCAGCAUCCCAAAAUUCAUGAACCAGCUAUCUCAAAGGUGUGAGCAAUUAGGCAUUUUUCUCAACAAAAACGUGGUUCUUAGCCCCCAGUUCGAACCGAUCCAAGUGCUUAACAAUGUCUCCACUUUAGAAUCCAAACUCAAGAAAAUCUACCGUGCUGCGUCCAAUAAUCUACAGCUUCUCAUUUGCGUAAUGGAGAGAAAACAUAAAGGGUAUGCAGAUUUUAAGCGAAUUGCUGAGACGAGUGUUGGGGUUGUCACUCAGUGCUGUUUGUACCAAAACCUUGGAAAGUUGAGUUCACAGUUUCUUGCAAACUUGGCUCUGAAAAUCAAUGCCAAAGUCGGUGGUUCCACGGUUGCUUUGUACAAUACAUUACCGUCUCAAAUCCCAAGACUUUUCCAGGUUGAUGAGCCGGUCAUUUUUAUGGGUGCUGAUGUGACUCACCCUCACCCAUUAGAUGACUUCAGCCCAUCUGUUGCUGCAGUGGUUGGGAGUCUAAACUGGCCGGCGGCAAACAAGUAUGUUUCACGAAUGAGGUCUCAGACGCAUCGACAAGAGAUCAUUCAGAAUCUUUCUGCAAUGGUGGGGGAAAUUCUUGAUGACUUUAAUCAAGAACUAUCCAAACUCCCCAAGAGAAUAGUCUUUUUCCGUGAUGGGGUAAGCGAAACCCAAUUCUUCAAAGUGCUCCAAGAGGAAUUACAAGCUAUUAGAACAGCCUGCUCAAAAUAUCCAGGCUACAAACCCCCUAUAACAUUUGCAGUGGUUCAAAAAAGGCACCACACUAGGCUGUUUCCGAACGAAAAUGACCAAAAUCCAAACCGAAACCAACUGUCUGAUGAAAACAUCCCUCCUGGAACGGUUGUAGACACAGUGAUCACUCACCCACGGGAAUUCGAUUUCUUUCUUUGUAGUCAUUGGGGGGUGAAGGGAACAAGUCGGCCUACUCACUACCAUGUGCUGUGGGAUGAGAACCAUUUCACUUCUGAUGAACUUCAGAAGUUGGUUUACAACCUUUGCUUCACAUUUGUCAGGUGCACAAAGCCUGUUUCUUUGGUUCCCCCGGCUUAUUAUGCACACCUUGCUGCAUACAGAGGGAGGCUCUAUCUCGAGCGAUCAGAUUCCUCUGCCUUAACAAGAAAUGCUUCUACAAUUUCUCGUGCCGCCCCUCCAAAGGCGGCUCCUCUGCCUAAACUCAGAGAGAAUGUUAAGAACCUCAUGUUUUACUGCUGAUUUUUCCUUGCAUUGGAAUAUUUAGAUAGUCAUGGAAAUCAGUGAAUUUGUAGUUUUCAAUUCAAUGCAGUAGUCAAAUGUUGUAUGAUCCCAUUUGACAAAGGUGGGUAGUUCCUUAAUAGGAAACCAUAGACUAAACCAAGUUGAAUUGCUAACCAUAUUAAUGAAGAACCUGAAUUGAGAAGUUUGUU